GCGGGAAAGAGAGCCGAGUGGUGGUGCGCAGAGGGCGGCGGAGAUGUGCGGAGGUGGGCGGAGGUGGGCGGAGGUGGGCCGAUGUGCGCGGAGGUGGGCGGAGCCAGGCGGAUACGCAGAGGUAACCCGAGCGAAGAUGGCCGUAGCGGAGGUGAGCGGGCGUAGAGGAGGUGGGCACUUGGACCGCAGAUGGGCCGAGGUGGGCGGAGGUGGGCAGAGGUGGGCAGGUGGAGCGAAGGUCGAUGGGGGUGGGCGAAGAUCGGCGGAGGGGAUGAACUUGCCACGUGGCGAUCUUGUCACGUGGGAGGGGGAGGUGGCGAGCUUGCCGCGUGGUGAACUUGCCACUUGGCGAUCUUGCCACGUGGGAGGGGAAGGUCGCGAACUUGCCACUUGGCGAUCUUGCGUCGUGGGAGGGGAAGGUGGAGAACUUGCCAUGUGGCGAUCUUAUCACGUGGGAGGGGGAGGUGGUGAGCGGAAGCGGAAGCGGGGGGAAGGCGCAAGCAAGGGGGGAAGCGGAGCAGGGGGAAAGCGCAAGCAAGCGGGGAAGCGGAGCGGGGGGAAAGCGCAAGCAAGGGGCGAAGUCGGGGGAAGCGGAAGCGGGGGAAGCACAGGAGGAAGCGGAGAGCGGAAGCGGAAGCGGCGAGAAGCGGAGCCCAAAGCGGAGAGCAGCGGAGCCCGAAGCGGAGAGCAACGGAUCCCGAAGCGGAAGCGGGGAGAAGCAGGGAGAAGCGGGGAGAAGCGGGGAAAAGCGGGGAGAAGUGGGGAGAACCGGAAGUGGGGAGAAGUGGAAGCGGGAGGGGGAGGUGGCCAACUUGCCACGUGCCGAUCUUGUCACGUGGGAGGGGGAGGUGGCGAGCUUGCCUCGUGGCGAACUUGCCACGUGGUUGGAAGCGGAAGCCGAGGCGGAAGCAGAAGCUGAAGCGGAGGCUGAAGCGGAAGCGGAAGAAGAAGUGCAGGGGAGGCGGAACUUGCCACGUGGCGGUCUUGCCUUGACUGAUUGAUUGAUUGAUUGGUUGAUUGAUUCAUUGAUUGAUUGCUCUCGUCGGCAUGAGCAUCAAUCUGUCCCAUCGGGUCGGGUCGGAUUGGCAUUGCAGUUAGUCGGGUCCCCUCGUGAUUGCGGUCGAGUCAGCAUUGCGGCCGGCUCGGGAAUCAAUCAAUCAAGCAAGCAAGCAAGC